AUGGAGUUCAACUCUGGAGAAGAGAAAAACCACAUAUGCAGCUACUGUGGCAAAAGAUUCAGCUCCGGCAAGGCUUUGGGAGGACACAAGAGAUUUCAUAUCCAACAAAAACGUCAAGCUGCCGCCGAGGCCGUGGCCAAAGCUUGUACCGAUCAAGACAGUGGUGGUAAUAACAACAACAACAAUGGAAGUAGUAGGUUCUAUUGUCCAGUGUGUCCCAAGCACUUUCCCUCAUUGAAAUCUGUAUCUGGUCAUAUGAGAACUCAUGGUGAUAGGGUUUGGCGAGGGAUUAACCCACCAGCACCAGCUGAUAAUAAUCUUCAUAACAAACCCACUACAACAACAACAACAACUGUUGAUUUGCUGCAAAGUUUACCAUCGAAUUGGUCCAACAUUGGCGGUAAGAGAGGUAGGAAAUUUAAUCCAGAUACUACUAGUCCUAGUAUUGCUGCAGCCAUUCAACUAAUCAAACUUUCUCAAUCGAAAGAUAGAGUUUUUACGAAACAAAUUGGUGAUGGGUAUGAGGUAAUAAAAGCAAAUUCUUCUUCUAGUACUGAUUAUUAUAAUUCUGAUCAUCAUCAUUAUCAUCAAGAAAAAUACCCUAGGGUUAGGGUUAUUAAUGAUGAUGAUGAAGAUGAUGAUUUUAUUAGUUUGAAAAGAAAGGUUAUGAUGAUUAAGAAGAACAAUGGAAGCGUUAAUAGUAGUAGUAACAGUACCGAAACUACUACCGAUCAUAAAGAUGAUGAGAAAAACGUUUCUAAUAAGAAGCUGAAGAUUAGAUUUGGUACUUCUUCGAAUUCUACUAAAUGUUACAAAUGUAACAGUUGUGAUAAAUCUUUUACUACAUUUCAAGCCUUGGGAGGACAUAGCUCAACUCAUAAUAAAGAUAAUAAUCACAAGAAGAAUUGUACUACAAAGAAGAUGGAUUCCAAAUUAUUAAGGCCCAAUAAGUACUUUUAUGGUGAUCAAGGUAGUGGUCAUGGUGAUGUGCUUCAGAUUAUGAUGGGGUCUUCAAUAUCAUCAUCUUCUCAAUUGAUAGCAAUGGAUCAUGGUGGAAAUUGUAGUAGCACAGCUGCUGAACGACGUCGUACGCUUGAUAUAGAUCUCAAUGAAUUGCCUGUUAUGAGCGUAACUGAUGUCUAA